UAUUCACCGAUGAAAAGCAAUUAAAAAUCAGGUUGACGAAAUAUAUAUACACACACUGGGUGCAGUCUGCAUGGAGACUAAAAUGUCACUCUAAGAAGUCUCUCUCUCUAUAAGAUUCUUCUAAUUCUUCAAGUUAAUUUGCUUCUCCUCUUCUUUUUCCAUUUCUGAGUUCCUCCAUGCAGUUUCUUGGGUUUAAUCUGGUUUCAAUUUGCACGUUUUCUUGAUUAGUAGUGAUUCACGUGUUCUUGAAUUUGAUGGGUUUUGUUUUUUAUAUUUCCUUUAAAGCAUGAAGUUGAAUGUGUUUUUUUCUUUCCAUCUUUUGAGUUUAGAAGGUUAUUUGUUUGUUCUUUGAUUAAAGGGAUUUUGGGAUAAAAUUCUUGGAAAAAGUUAAUUGAAGUUUGUAUGUUGGUUACUCAAAGAAUGGAAUCCGAGGGUAGUAAUAGCUCUGGUGAAGACGAAACUCACAAUCGGGUCCCCAAAUAUAACCAGAUAUUCGGGCAGGGAUACUUGUUUGAUGUGGUACAUUUGGGUGAUUUAGGAAAAUCCGAGAGUAGCAGCACUAUUCUUGAUGAACUUGCUGAGAAUGUGAUUGCUGCUGAGGCUGAUAAUCAACCAAGGGGGGUUGUUGAUAAUGAGUCCACUGUAAAUCAACCCGCAUUGGACACUUCUUUGAAUCCGGAAUCGAGUCGUGCGGAGGGAGACUUGUAUGAUGUGGUAAAGAACUACUUGGGUGAUUUAGGUAAACCCAAAAAUCUUGAUGAACUUCCUGAGAAUGUGAGAGCUGCUGAGGCUGAGAAGAAAACUUUUGAUGAGGAUUGGACAUUCACUCUUGGGAAGAUGAUAAGUUCGAGCUCGACUUUACGAGGGGUCGGUCAUAUGGCAUUUCCGCGGCAAAAUCAGUGGAUGCAAUAUCAAAUUCCAACCAUUCCACAACAGCAACAAGACAUGCUGCCGGUUUUUAUGCCUGGCCAUCCGGUUCAACAGCCUGUUCCUGGUGCUGAAAAUAGGAUGAUAGAUACAAUGAUGGCUUCCUUUUUGAUGGGAAGUGCAUCGGACACACAGAACCAGGAAUCUUCCGCAAGGGCGCGAGCAAGGAGGCAGCAGAGGAUGACCGUGAUUAAGGAAGCAAGAUCACGAGCAAGGAAGGAGGCCAACUACCUGCAAGAGCUGGAGAGCAAGCUUUCGCGUCUGAAGUUGGAAACUGAAAAGCUUAAGCGCAUGAAGGAGGCGGAGAAGCUGUUGCCUAGCAAACCAGCAACAGAGCCGACGUAUCAACUUCGCAGAACCAGCUCAUCCCCUAUAUGAGAAUGAUGAAGAUUGACAACUUGUAUUUCAGUCUACAUUUCAUUAGUUAGUGCUAGUUUCCUACACUUUUCCGUAUAGAAUACUCACUCUAAAGUCCAUUGGCUGCGUUCUGCAGUAAAUAUUUUCUCAUAUGUACAUAUUAUGGUCUCAACGUGGAGUUUUAGGACCAAUUUGGUAAUGUUAAUCCUGGAUUGUUAUAAUCAAUGAGACUUAUUUUAGCACA